UCUUCCGUGAAACAACUAUAGAGCUGUGUCAGGUAACCACACCUGCAAAUGUUAUUUGGAAGUCAUGCAAAGAGAAACAGCUUCACAGGUAAUAAGCCAAGCUAACUGCAGCACGAUAAGGUUUUAACCAGAUUUUCUGUAUCUUCUCCAAAUGAAUCUUUGCUGAGUACCAGAUGAUACCAUUGCUGAUUAUGAGGGCCAGAGCUUAUCUCAGCGUUUGCUUUCCAAAGAAUGUCUCCAUCUUCCUGUUCCUGGCUCUGUGUAUCUUUUUCUUUCUACUAUAUCGUAUAGAAAUCAUGGAGGUGGUAACCAGCAUCAAGGUGCAACAUUCCCCCAACAUAGGAUGGACUGUCAACCCGUGUCAGAAUAAAGUUAGCACCAGCAUCACUUCAACUACUGAGCCUCACAAGAACAAUGCCACCUGCACUUUCCAGCCGCUGUCCACAGAGGAGGCUGUUGAGAUAGACUCCCUAUUAGACUCCAUUGCUUGGCCUGAAACUCUACCAUUACUGUCUUGGUUUUCCCUGAAUGAGACAAGUGAUCCAGCCCACAGCUCUGUCACUAUUCUUCCUAGGAGAGGUGGUGGUCAGUGGCACAUAGGGGAUGAGCUGGAGGUUUUCAUCAAGAUUUGUGACUUUUAUGGCCGUCCCAAGACAAAUGGAGGGGAUGUCUUACUUGCCCGGCUGCACAGUCCUAGUCUUCUUGCAGGUGUGGCUGGGCAAGUGGUGGAUCAUAGCAAUGGCUCUUACUCUGCUGUUUUCUUUUUACCUUGGGAAGGAAGCGCACUUGUUGAGGUGACCCUGGUUCACUCCAGCGAAGCAGUGACAGUGCUGCAGAGUCUUACCCAAGAACAACCUGACAGAAUUUAUUUCCAAAGCCUUUUCCGCUCAGGCUCAGUCACUGAAACUACCACUUGUAAUGUGUGCCUUAAUGCGACCCAGCAGCAGCUGUGCAACUACACAGACCUUCACACAGGAGAUCCCUGGUUCUGCUACAAGCCAAAGAAGUUAGCGUGUGAUGCCAGGGUCACCCACACCUACGGAGGAUUCAGAAAGAAACUCAGUCCCAAAGAGGAGAAACUGUUUCAAAGUGAUGUCAACAUGAAAGUUGUGAUUCCAGCAUCAGGACCUGCAAACAUCACUGUGUUACCGACAUUGAAAGAUCAACCAAAGAUGAAAAGCAGCCUAGUGACAAAUAGACCCUCUGGCUUUUACUACAUGGGUCUGUGGCAAGCAUUAGAUGGCACCAUAAUCCAUCAGUUCAACACCUCCACAGCAGUCAGUCAGUGUCUAAAGGGCAAGACUGUCCACCUGUACGGAGACUCCACAAUCAGGCAGUGGUUUGAAUACCUCAACAACGCCUUACCAGAUCUCAAGGAAUUUGACCUGCACAGCUUGAAAAAAAAUGGACCUUUUAUGGCCCUGGAUUAUGCAAACAACAUUUUAGUGACGUACCGCUGCCAUGGACCACCCAUUCGUUUUUCCACAGUGCCAGUCAGCCAGCUCCAUUAUGUUGCAAAUGAACUAGACAGUGUAGAUGGAGGCACCAACACUGUUGUAGUCAUUGGUAUCUGGUCACACUUCAGCUCUUAUCCUAUUGAGGUCUACAUCCGGCGUCUGCAAAGCAUCCGUAAGGCGGUGGUAAGGCUACUGUCCAGGGCUCCAGGUACACGAGUCAUCAUCCGGACUGCAAACCCUAAAGCUCUGACAGUCUACGAGACGCUGACCAACAGUGAUUGGUACUCAAUGCAGCGCGACAAGGUGCUCAGGGCCAUGUUCGAAGGAGUUGAAGUUCACGUGGUAGAUGCCUGGGAGAUGAGCUUGGCACACCAACUGCCGCACAGCCUGCAUCCACAAGCUCCCAUUAUCAAGAAUAUGAUUAAUGUCCUCUUGUCGCACAUUUGUGUUGGCAUAACCAUUGUAAGGUAUCCAAAAUAAUUAACCAAGGAAAAACACACACAUAAGGCUCCAUCAGUUUUAACAACAUAAGCACAGAAUGACAACACCAGCAGAAGAAUGCAUAUGUGAAAUAACUUUCCUCAAGCAGGGAAGUUAAAUCACCUAAAGAAAACCAGUACAGACAAAUAAGCAACACAGGCACAGAAGGAAUAUGAUCAAACUUAUUGAACUUCUGAAAUUUCAGAAGAUGUAGUAACUCAUUAACCAACACAAAAGCUGACAGAGAGUAUCGUGUAGAACAUCCUUGUUGCACCAGUAUGUCUUUAAAAAGCAAAUCAGGUUGGAUGGGGAACAUCACUGCCAUCUUCAGGACACUCCAAAGAUUCUCACUCAGGUUCAGCUCCAGACUGUGAGUGGGGAACUCUGGUGCUUUAACUGUGUUUUUCUGAAACAACUUUUCUAUUUUGUUGGUAGUUUGCUUGAGGUCAGUCUGAAAGCCUGAGCCAGGGGGGUUCAGCUCCGGUCCUCAAGGGCCACAGUCCUGCAGGUUUUUGAUGUGUCCCUGCUCCAAAACCAC